UUUGGGUUCCAAGCAAUCAGUUGAUAAAGAGACCCCCCAGCAAUAAGAUGGCAGGCCUAACACUCUACGGCCUGGACCCCAGUCCGCCAGUUCGAGCCGUAAAACUGACUUUGGCAGCCCUCAACCUGGCCUACAAAUACGUGAACAUCAGUGUCUUGGACAGGGAUCAACUUUCCGGAGAUUAUUUGAAGAAGAAUCCCCAGCACACAGUGCCGACUUUGGAGGAGGAUGGUCACUACAUGUGGGACUCGCACGCCAUCAAUGCAUAUCUGGUGGCCAAGUACGGGAAAACCGACUCCCUCUACCCAAGGGAUCUCCGCCAAAGAGCCCUGGUGGAUCAGCGGUUGCACUUCGAUUCCGGAGUUGUUUUUGCCAACGGGAUCAGGAGUAUUAUCCAGCCAGUGCUCUUUCUUGGCCAGAAGACUGUGCCCCAGGAACGAUACGAGGCCAUUUUUGAGAUUUACGAUUUCAUGGAGACCUUCCUCCAGGGGGAGGAAUUCAUGGCUGGAAGUCACGUGACCAUUGCUGACUUCAGCCUCAUAUCUUCUGUAAGUUCCCUGCCCGCCUUCGUGGACUUUGAUCCUGUCAAAUAUCCCAAGGUGGAUGCCUGGAUCAGGAGAAUGGAGAAACUGCCAUACUACGAGGAGGCCAACGGCAAGGGUGCUCGUAUAUUCGCGGCUAGUAUAAAAAAGACCAAGUUUAGCUUCGAGAAAUGA